AAAAAAACUACAGUUUGACAGAAGUUUGUUUAUCAGUUAACCACUCGGAUAAUUGUUUGUUUAUUGUCGUAAAAAGCACAAAAUGGCAUGGAUACCGAUGUAGUCCCCUUGUGUUGUUGCGAAUACUUCGAUAACAACAACGAGCGCAACCACAUUUUGGCAUGUUGUUGUAGUUGCGUCGACUUUGAUGAAGGAGUUGAAAGCCUGAUAACAGGUCAUGGUUUUCCCGAGCACAACAAAAGUCGCCUAAUGGCCACAAUCCAAGACAGAUUGCGUAUCCCCUGGCGUGGGGGCGCCAAGCAAGUCUCUUUUGAUGCCAUUCUGCCAGUAUUUAUCUUGCCUUUAAUGUUUUUACUAGCUUCAAUUAGUCUGUGGUGGACGAUUUUUUCGUUUACUGCUGUUUUGGUGAUCCUAGCGUCGGUUUUUAGAUUUUUUAUUAAAACUAUUCCACAAACGAAAUUUUUUAUUGUGUGGACCACGAUGUCUAUCAUUAUUUUAUAUAUCAUCUUCGAAUUUGUCGUAAUUCCGCUAUUAGAAAUUUUGUUUGAGGAGAAUGUUCUAGUGAGCGUUUUAUUCGCUACUUUUCUUCUGUGCUUCUACUUGAUGAAACAGAGAAAUAAUGCUUUAGGGAAAAUUGGAGAGAAUGAGGCUGAAAGUGGGUUUGUAGGGACUGGGACCAGAUGUUACAUUUGUCAGGUUGUAGUGCCUGAUAAAGACCAUCACUGCGUAUGGUUUAAUUGUUGUGUAGGCCGACAUAAUCAAUGUUUAUUUAUCUUAGCACUUAUUUUUGCAAUUGCUUCAUUAGUGUACAGCUCUAAUCUAACACUAACAUCAGUGUGCCAUCCUUUUAUAUUCUACAAAACAAUUUUACUACCAGACGACUGCUCAGAUGUGUAUGAGCAAUUUGAAUUAGGACUUUCUUUUGUCUCAGCGUUAUACAGCUUAGGUUUAGCAAUUGUACUUUUCAUUCUGCUUUUGCAUCAAAUAUUACUAGUCUCACUUGGACUAACGAGCAAGGAAUGGAUAAAUUUAUCAUUUUGUGCUAAAUGUUUUCUGGGAUUGUGCUCAAAAAGGCCACAUAACCUUGGAUUUUUCAGAAAUUGGGGAAGAAUAAUGUGUUGGAAACGGUGUAACACCUACUUUCGUUAAAAACAUAUCAAUUUGUUAUACAGUUAUAUGCAAUAAUAAAAUUUACAAGUUUGACCUUUAAA